AGUGGGGGAUGGGGAGUGAAACUAGCUAGUUAAUUUUCCUUCCCGAGAUGAGUGAAGGGCAGAAAAACAGCCGGUUUAUAACCAAGAGAUUUAGUAACAAUAAGAAAAGUCUGAAAAAUAGACGCGAUCUUUAGUUUAACAGUCGCUCGGGGGAGUGCUAGCGGGGGGAGAAGGAACAGCCCGGGGCGUUAGGUUCUUAGAGUGCUUCUUCCCUUCUGACAGAGCAUCUCCCAGUCUGCUGCGAGGGCCGGAGAGGAACCCAGAGCGCAUUAGGGCCCCGGGGAAAGGCGGCGCGGCAGGCAGGUACCCUGGUGUACUGGCUGCAGCUCACAUACAGGCAGAGAGAGGCUGCUGGGGGCCCGGUGCCAGAGGGAGGCUCUGCGCUCGCUCAGCCGAUCCCGGGACUGACUCCAGCAUCACUUUAAUGGGAAGUGGAUGGCGAUGGCAGCAGCCCAGCAAGUAAAGAAACCGCAAGCGUGGCUCUAGGCGCUGCUCCCGCCCCUGGAUGCCCCCGCUCACACCUUCCACGCGCCAGGACCGAGCCGCUGCGGGAGGGCUGGGGCGGCUUUGCUGUGGGCUCCCCUGGGAGCUGCAGCCCCCGCUCCCCACCGCGGUGUGUGUUGCCGCCGCUGCUGCUGCCGCCGCCCCCGGACCCCCGUCCGCUCCCCCCCCGCCUGCCUCUGCCGGGCGGCUGGCAGCGCAGCAGCUGCUGAGGCUGGAAGUUUUCCUGGCAGCGCGGGGCUCCUCCGCCAGCCAGUCCCCAGCUCCCCGCCGCGCGCGGGAGAGGAGCCGCGGCCGCUGCUGAGGGCGAGGCGGGGGAAGCGCCGAGCCCGGCCGCCUUCGCGCUCGGAUUCCGCAGCCUGGCCGGAGCGGGAGGCAGCCGCCGGCCGGCCGGGGUCCCGGCAUGCUGAAAGUCACCGUGCCCUCCUCGUCCUCCAGCGCCUCCGCCGCGGGCAGGGCGGGGGGCGCGGCGCCCGACUACUGGAUCGACGGCUCCAACAAAGACACCCUGGCCCAUUACUUCGAGCUGGAGUCGGAGCUGGGACGUGGUGCUACAUCCAUUGUCUACAGAUGCAGGCAGAAAGGAACCCAGAAGCCUUAUGCUGUCAAAAUGUUGAAGAAAACUGUAGACAAGAAAAUUGUCCGAACUGAAAUAGGUGUUCUCCUUCGCCUCUCACAUCCAAAUAUUAUAAAACUGAAGGAGAUAUUUGAAACCCCCACAGAAAUCAGUCUUGUUCUGGAGCUGGUCACAGGAGGGGAGCUAUUUGACAGGAUUGUGGAAAAAGGAUAUUACAGUGAGCGAGAUGCUGCCGAUGCUGUUAAACAAAUCUUGGAGGCAGUUGCUUACCUGCAUGCAAAUGGGAUUGUUCACCGUGAUCUGAAGCCAGAGAAUCUACUGUAUGCAACACCAGCGCCAGAUGCACCAUUAAAAAUAGCUGAUUUUGGGCUUUCCAAGAUUGUGGAAGAUCAAGUGACCAUGAAGACAGUUUGUGGAACUCCAGGGUACUGUGCACCAGAGAUUCUACGCGGAUGUGCCUAUGGCCCAGAGGUGGACAUGUGGUCUUUGGGAAUAAUCACCUACAUCCUACUUUGUGGAUUUGAACCAUUCUAUGAUGAAAGGGGAGACCAGUACAUGUUUAAAAGAAUUUUGAAUUGUGAAUAUGACUUUGUGUCCCCCUGGUGGGAUGACGUGUCUCUAAAUGCCAAGGAUUUGGUUAAAAAGUUGAUUGUGUUUGAUGCUAAGAAGCGCCUCACGACCUUUCAAGCUUUGCAGCACCCCUGGGUCACAGGAAAAGCAGCCAAUUUUGCACAUAUGGACAAUGCACAAAAGAAACUUCAAGAAUUCAAUGCGCGGCGUAAACUAAAGGCUGCAGUGAAAGCUGUUGUGGCAUCAACUCGUCUUGGGAGUGCAAGUGGUCACAGCAGCCACGACAGCAAUAAGCCCAGCCGUAAUCCGUCUCCAGUUCAAGACGGUGAACCUGAAGAGAAACCUACUCAGGAAGGAGAAGAAGCGUCAGAAGAGAAGCCUUAGGUCACUUGCUUUCUUCUUUCAGCUGAGAUUUGUCAUUUCAUGCACCAGCUAUCUUGCCCUUCAGCAAGAAAGAUUUGUAAGUCUGGCCUGUCUGGUGGCUCUGCUUUGGAGUGCAAAAUGCACCAGCUGGUGGUCCUAACUUCAAUGCAUGUGACUGCUUAUGAAAAUAGUAAAUUGUCCUAUCAGGUAUGUCAUGGAUACAAUGUUAUUUGCCGUAAUACCAACAAGUGAAACAUGAGACAGUAAAUACUACUUACAUUAAUGCAUACACUUCAUAUACCUUUAGAGAGUGUUUAGAGGUGACGUUUGAAAUGAAUACUAUUUCGUUUUGUUUUACAAAAGUAGGCAUCUUCUAGAAAUCAUUUAUUUGAAACUGUUUCCUUUCCGAAUCAUAAUCUCACAGUAAAUGAAUGGGAACUGAUGUCAAGCCCAUGCUUUUAAAAUGACAUCUGAAAUGUUGAGCUUUUUAUCAGUAAUAUUUAUAAAGUGUUUACAAGGAGAACAUAGUAUAGAGAUUUAUAUGCAGAAACAUUCCACUAAUCCUGGUAAGAAAUUUAAAUUAGUUCUAGUGGCCAUGAAACUGUAUGUUCCUCCAGUUCGUGUUGAGAAUGCCUUACUCUACCUUUAACAGUUUAUAUACAGUAUUUUAAUGAUAACCAAAAUUAGUCUGAUUUCUGCCAUUUCAUUCUCUAGUAAAAUGUUAGCAAAACAAAAUGAUAGAUUAGUAUAAAAUAUGAUUAAGGUAGUCGCAACUUUUUAAGAUGCCAUUGUAUUUAUUCAUUACUUUAUAAAGCCGUGCAGCUAGAAAAUGUUUUUAUGGGGGAAAUCUGCAAUUCCAUAAGUUCUAAAUACUUGAAGAAAGCUAUUCUACUGCAGGGUGAUUUUACUCCUGGGAGGCACUCAGAUACUUAUCAGUGCUCAUCACUGUAAAGAACCUAGAUAGAUGAAUAGAUACAUACAACCCUGAAGCUUUGACUUCAUGACUAACUAGUUUUCCAUCAUUCAGUACAGACUUAAUGAGUCCAGAUUUUGCUAAUAAAGGAGCCAGUCCUGUAAAAUGAUCUAUAUGGGCAGAUCCCUGCACCUGUGUGCAUAGGUGCUGCAACUAGAGUUGCUGAGGGUUCUGCCGCACCCCUGGGCUUGAAGUGGUUUCCAUCAUAUACAGGGUUUACAGUUUGGUUCAGUGACUCUCAGUACCCCCACUACACAAAUUGUUCCAGCACCCCUGCCUUUGGGGAGCUCCCAUGACUUUGGUUAAGAUACAUGGGUAUGGACCAGCUUGUAGGAUCAGGGCCAAGCUCUUUAUUUACUUUGAUCAUAUGUGAGACAUAAUUGAUAUGAACUGAAAACUGAAAAUCAGCAUCAAUAUGUAUUUAAUUAUUUUGAUAGUACCUGAAUGUCAUAAUGCAUUGGUAUAUUACAGAAAUGACAUAAAGAAGCUGAAGUAUGUCAGUGCCAUUUGCGUUUGUUAUACUUUGUAAUACUGAUAGUUACCCAAGACCCUAAUAAUCCUUUCAGUCUUCCUCUUUUGCUCUGUUUUGAAGUUGCUUUGCCUAGCAAAAUUUGCCUUGAAAAACAGCAACAACAAAAAACAACACUAUUUCAGCUACUGAGAGAAGCCAGAGUAAUUUGUCUUUUGUUGAAAUUAAAAUAAAAGGUAAUGAAAUAUUAUUCAUAUGGUAGGUUUGCUAAAUAAAAAUAUCUGUGCUAAAACAGAAAAAUAACUUGUCUGAAAGGGAAACAUCAUUGCAAAGUGGUAAUCUUGAGUUUUCUAAUGCACAGUACUCGCUAUUUACAUUUGUACAACAAAGAUUUGGUGUUCAAGUGCAGCUGAAUUUUAAAGCACAAGUGCCCAUCCUUUUCCCAGACAUGGCUCUUUGGAAGAAAAUAAGUGUAUAUGCUGAAAACACUGGCAGAUUUCUUCCUGUUAUAAUGGCAGCAGGACUUCUAUCUGAUUUUGCAGAUCUGAUUGAAUAGGCUAAAGGGAGGAGUUUGCAGAUCUUCACUUGAAAAAAAAUACUCCCUACAGGUACAACCACUGGGAGUAGGAGGAGGAGUACAUCCCACUGCCUACCAUUUUACUGGCUUGUUUUUCCCCCUGGAGGUGGCUGUAGGACGAAUGCAUUCUCACACCUGGUCUCUCCUUUGGUUACAGUAGCAACACUGGUAGUGUUCAGUCAGCAAUUAGUUCAAUAGGAGCGACUGAACUGAUGUAGGGUUUUCCUUUAUUUUGGUUAGCUUGUUCCAACUUCCACAGAUAGAGCAGGCUGCACAGGUAUUCCAUACUUCAAGAGUCUAUCGAUCAUCUUCCUUGAAUGGAGAUACCUUUAUCUGAAAUACGUUUUCAUUUGUGCAGGAUAAAACCGUGGUCCUAAUAGGUAUGUCAGAUGAUUCUGGGAUUAGUUACACCACAGAUUGUCUUUAACGUAUGACAAGUAUGAACCAAAUGUGUGUAAACAGAAGCCAUCUCUGACAGCAGAAUACAGGCAGCAUGGUAUUUGUGUGUGAGGGGCUGUAUGAGGUUUGUACACACUUUGCCUAAUUUCCCCUUUAGUAUCUUCAACAUCAAAUAAUUAAGAUGCUUGUGAUGUAUGAAUUACCUGUAUAUGACCAGCGUGCCUGACUUAUGCAGUGGAACAUUACACAAUAGGAGUGGCAGCUUGCUGAGGUAUGCAUGCGCAAGGAAUCUUUCACACACUGCUUUUUCUCUCAUAAGUCACCCACCAGCAGGUUUUGUCAUGGCACUGACUUGGGACUUUGGCACCACUUAGGGCAGGGGUGGGCAAAGUACGGCCCGAGGGCCACAUCCGGCCCUUCAGAUGUUUUAAUCCGGCCCUUGAGCUCCUGCUGGGGAGCAGAAUCCGGGGCUUGCCCUGCUCCAGCCGGUGAGCGGGGGUCGGGGGUCUUGCCCCGCUCUGCACAUGCUUCUCCCAGAAGCAGAGGCAUGCCCCCUCCUGGCACCGUGGCCAAUGGGAGCUGCAGGGGCGGCACCUACAGAUGGGGCAGUGUGCAGAGCCACCUGGCUGACCCUCUGCAUAGGAGCUGGAUAGAGGACAUGCCGCUGCUUCUGGGAGCUGCUUGAGGUAAGCACCACUCAAGCCUGCACCCCUCAUCCCUCCACCCACCCUCCAAACCCCUCAAUCACAGCCCGGAGCACCCUCCUGCACCCCCACCCACUCAUCCCCGAGCCCACACCCCAGCUGGAGCCCUCACCCCCCCUGCUCCCCAAUCCCAGCCUGGAGCCCCCUCCCGCACCCUGAACUCCUGGCCCUACCCCAGAGCCCACACUCCCACCCCAACCCCCAAUUUCAUGAGCAUUCAUGACCCGCCAUACAAUUUCCAUACCCAGAUGUUACCCUUGGGCCAAAAAGUUUGCCCACCCCUGACUUAGGGUAUGUCUACACCGCCCUUGGCGGUGAGUCUCCCAGCUUGAGAGGACAGACUUGAGUUAGCGGGGCUCGUGCCAGCACUCUAAAAAUAGCUGUGUAAGACAGUGCCUUUGAGUUGUGGCUCAGGAUGAUGCUCGGGCUCUGAAGCCACUGGACUUACUUUAACUCUUACGCUCUUGAGAUUCCACCUGUUACUAAGGAUAUCAUGUGGUUUGGUUUUGAUUUUGUGCCAAUUCCCUCCUCUGCUGGAAAGUAACCUCUCAGUAGGGCUCUUCAGUCACAAACAGGGGAGAUGUACUGAUCUGGAAAACCUUCAUUUUUAGAGUAUCUGAACAGAGCAGAACUUCUUAGAGAAAGAGGAUAUCAUCAGUCCAUGAAAUGCAUGCACAAAACUAAAUUUCAACUAUCCAGAGUGAGAAUCUGAUGCUAUUAUAUGCAAAAAAACCAACCCUCCUCUGUUUGAAUGCCCAUCCCUUUAAAAUUAAAUGUGGAAGACUGGGUCCAAAGCUAUUAAAGAUUUCUGAUCCUUUGGAAUGCUUCACUUGUCACUGAAUCGUUACAAAGCACAAGAAAACAAUGAAUUAUUCAGAUGUUGGCUUGUUACAUUGUGAUUUUUAUUCCUACUUUAUGUAAGUGCACUGUAAUGGGUUUGUGUAUAUUAGGCCCAUGAUCUCCUCCCUGAGUGCAAAAGAGCACAUGGGGCAAAAAAUGCUAACCCAAAAUGCUCUCAAAAGAAAGGGCAUUCCUUGCUCUGAGAAUGUGCAGCCAGGCUGAUAUGCAGAAAGGAAUGACCAGAGCCAACCAGCAUGUAUGUUGCACGUAUAAGGGCAAAAGGUUGGUAAGCAAUCUGCCAUGAAAGGCUCUAUGCAUACUGUAGUAGAAUGAGUGGAAUUGGAGAAAGAGGGGUGAGGUUUCAGGAGGGACUGAGUCAGAAAUACAAGUUGGGCCCAGUCUGCUUGCCACAUCAAAGUCUGAGCCUCAGCCUGUAACACUGGCCACUACAUACUUAAUAAAGAUCUCUUUUGUUCACCUCUACCUGCCUGCUGCAUCACUUAGGGCAGGUCUACACUUAAAACACUGCAGCAGUGCAAUGCAACUGCACUGCUGUAACACUUCAGUGAAGACGCGACUAUGCCAACAGGAGAGCUUCUCCCAUUGCCAUAGUAUGCACACGCUAUAUAAAUAAAUUGGCAUAGUUAAUCCACCUCCACAAGAGGCGGUAGCUAUGUCGACAGGAGAAGCCCCGACAUUGACAUAGUGCUGUCUAACCAGGGAUAGAUUUUUCACACCCCUGCAUGACAGUUAUACUACUGUAAGUUUAUAGUGGGCUUACUGUUAAUAAAACAGGUACAGGUCAAUCCAGCAAUCAAAGGAAACAGGAGGGGAAGUGGAUAACCGCACAGGAAGGGCUUUAUACCACAGUACCCACUACUGGACAGCAGCACAUAUAAGAAAGGAAAACAGAAUGAUGGGAACUCCAUAUGACCAGCAUGGCAGUGGAUAAUUGGCACUAAUAAGCAAGUACAGCCAGAGUUUCAGGAAAUCCCAAAUAAGAAUGUUGAGUUGUCAAUAUACAUUCCCUCAUCUUCCACACACACCAUAGUUCAUGAUUAAGGCUACGAUUUAGUCACGGGUAUUUUUAGUAAAAGUCAUGGACAGGUCACAGGCAAUAAACAAAAAUUCACAGCCCGUGUCCUGUCCAUGACUUAUAUUAAAAAUGCCUGUGAUUAAAUCUUGGGAGGGGAGGCGCUACUGGGGGAGUGCCCAGGCCAGUGGCACCAGCUGCCGGGGACCAUGGACUGCUGCCAGGGCCAGCGGACCGCAUCAGCUCCAGCAUGCCAGGGACUGCUGCCCGGGGCCGCGGAUCACAGCUGCUCUGGCCAGCCACCCAGGACCUACUACCAGGGCUGCCGGAUCAGCAGCUGGUGUGGCUGUUCCCAGGGCUGCUCCAGGAGUGGCUGGCGUCACUGGCCCUGGAGCCACCUGAGCAGCUGGCUGCAGAGCCAGCUGCUUGGGUGGCCCUGGGGUCAGCCACAUUUAGAAUCAUAGAAGAUCAGAGUUGGAAGAGACCUCAGGAGGUCAUGUAGUCCAACCCAUUGCUCAAAGCAGGACCAACCCCAACUAAAUCAUCCCAGCCAGGGCUUUGUCAAGCUGGGCCAUAAAAACCACUAAGGAUGGAGAUUCCACCACCUCCCUAGUUGACCCAUUCCAGUGCUUCACGACCCUUCUAGUGAAAUAGUGUUUCCUAGUAUCCAACCUAGACCUCCCCCACUGCAACUUGAGACCAUAGCUCCUUGUUCUGUCAUCUGCCACCACUGAGAACAGCCAAGCUCCCUCCUCUUUGGAACCCCCCAGGUAAUAGAAGGCUCCUAUCAAAUACCCCAUCACUCUUCUUUUCUGCAGAUUAAGUAAGCCCAGUUCCCUCAGCGUCUCCUCCUAAGUCAUGUGCCGCAGCCCCCUAAUCAUUUUUGUUGCCCUCUGCGGGACUCCCUCCAAUUUGUCCACAUCCUUUCUGUUAUGGGGGGGGGCCCAAAACUGGACACAAUACUCCCAAUAUGACCUCACCAGUGCCAAAUAGAGGGAAAUAAUCACGUCCCUCAGUCUGCUGGUAAUGCUCCUACUAAUGCAGCCCAAUAUGCUGUUAGCCUUCUUGGCAACAAGGGCACACUUAUCACUUGUCCCUGUAGAAGUCACGGAAUCCGUGACUUCCACAGCCUCCAUGACACACACAGGGCCCUAUUCAUGAUGUCAGAAUGGAGUCCCGACAUAUCCUGCACUGAAAUGCGUAGAUCAAGGCUGCUUGGAGCUCCUUUUUGCACAGUUCUCUUUUUUGGGAGCGGGCAUACAGAACAUGGGGGCUUUCCUUAGACCAUGCCACUAUACACACUUCCACUGCUCUUACUUUUUGCCUUCUAUAGGAGUGAUCUGCUCUACUGACUGUAAAGCAAUGUACAUAAACUCUUUGUUUGUGAUAAGGCUGUAGCUUUUCUGAUUAAUUAUUGCAAAUUCUACUUUUGUUUUAAACUGUGUCCACCACUCAGCCAAUGGGAUUAUCAACACCCAGGUGAUAUAUCAUUUAUACACUGAAGUGAGGAAAAAAAUAUUAUAAGGUUUAAAAUCUGAAAGAUACCUAAUUCAAGAGACUGCCUAAGAGACAUACACAACUGGACCUUCAUUAAAAUAGCUGUGUUACAUUCUAACUGAGCAAGUCCUUCAGAUUCGUCGUACUCAGUUUUUGUGUGCUCUAUAAUUUGAGAUGUUUCAGGAUAUGUUUUUGAAGCUACUUUUUAAAAUAUGAUCCACACAAAUAAUGUCUUUGUCCUCUUUUGCAGAAGAAUUUAAAUAACAAACACAGUUGUUAGAACUGUGCCACUUAACAUUGCAGGAAGUAAACCUUACAGCCAGUAUAGUUUCAUGAAGAUUAAUGCAGGGUCUGCACUGAUAUCAAGUGCAAGACACAUUUAUUUGACCUUGCCUUCAUGACAUAAACAUAUAGCAGUAUACGUGUGUGUGUGCACAUACACACACACACACACACAUAUAUAUAAAAUAUUUUAAAACAUACCAUAACAAAACACGCCACUGCACACACUUCUCCCAGGACGUGACAGAUGUUAGUCAUGUCACUUAAUCCAUUACUGGAACAUGCUCAGAAACUGUGGUGAUAAGCAUAGUAUAAGAACUUAUGUAGAACAGAAUAGAAUAUCUGAAGCAGCCACAUUUUGUCUGCAGACACAAGCAGGCCACUUUAAUUGACUUCAGUGCACACAAACAUAUCACUACAUUUCGUUACAGUCUUGAAAAAUAUCGUAGUGGUCAUGUCUGCAUUCAGCAUGGCAGCAAUUUUUUAAAGACAUUCCAUGUCAUUUUCCAAUAUUUCUCAAUUGGAAGAUAAGCUAUAGUGUUUCCAAUUAAUGUGGCUCACUUACUUCAGGACAAAAUUCCUUCUAAGGGGUCUAUUCUCUCAAUAAAGGUUUAUAGCUUUGACUUAGGUUAAUAAAUAUUGGGAGCUAGAUUUUCUAUUAUCCUAUGGCCCCUUUGUACCAGUCUGCCAGCACAAAGCUGGCCCGGAAGGAGUGCCCCAGCUCUCUUGGCUAUCUAAUGCAGGAAGGGCGUGGCCAAAGAAUAUAGGCAUGGCUGGAGAAAUGUUGGGCUUUGGUGAUCCCCAGCUGGUGUCAUGGCCCUUUGCAGUUACAAACUUCUAGUGAAAUUAAGUCAGCUCUAAGGCUGCUCUAAAUGACAUCAAGGGGGUCCAGCUGAGCAUGGGCCCAGCCGACAUUGGGUGCAGCUUAGAAUCUAACCUUCUGUUUGCACAUCAGGAAGAGAACAGACCCCCUCAGUUCUGAGCAUAAUUGUUUCUUCCUCUUUAACACUGUAGAUGAUGGAUGCAGAGUGCCUGCCAUGCUGGUGAAUGUCAACUGCCCCAGCUUAUACACACACAACCUUGCAACUCACAGUCCCAAAAUGUUAAUCUGCCAACACUUAAAUAUCAAACACAGAGGGACUCAUCUCUUCCAUAGUUUGGCAUUUUAAAUUCUGAUUUCAUUUAACAAAUGUUAAGAAAGGCCAAAUUGCUGCUUGUUUUUCUUCCCUCUCCACCACCAUCUAGAGUUGCCAGGUGUCUGGUUUUCAACCGGAAUGCCUAGUCGAAAAGGGACCUUGGCAGCUCCGGUCAGCACCGCCGAUCGGGCCGUUAAAAAUCCGAUCGGGCCGUUAAAAGUACGAUCGGCAAUGCUGCAGGGCUAAGACAGGCUAGUCCCUACCUGUCCUGGCACCAUGCUGCUCCCACCCUGAGCAUCAGCUCUGCAAUCCCAUUGGCCGGGAUCCGCGGCCAAUGGAAGCUAGGGGACUGGUUCCUGUGGGUGAAAGCAGCAUGCAGAGCCUCCUGGCUCCCUCGCCUAGGAGCUGGACCUGCUGGCCGCUUCCGAGGUGCAACGCGGAGCCAGGACAGGCAAGGAGCCUGCCUUAGACCGGCUGCGGCGCCCUUAGACCAGGAGCUGCCUGAGGUAAGCUCCUACCCCAACCACUUGCCCCAGCCUUGAGCUCCCUCCUGCACCCCAAACCCCUCAUCCCUGGCCCCACCCCAGAGCCCACAUCCCAAGCACUCACCCCCUCCAACACCCUAACCCCCUGCUUCAACCCACAGCCCCUCCCACAUGCUGAAUCCCUCUGCCCCACCCCAGCCUGGAGGAGUCCCCUCCUGCACCCCAACUCCCUGCCACAGUCUGGAGCUCCCUCCCACACCCUGAACCCCUCAUUUCUGGCCCCACCCCAGAGCCUGCACCCCCAGUUAGAGCCCGCACCCCUGCCCCAGACCAGUGAAAGUGAGUGAGGGUUGGGGAGAGUGAGCCACCGAGGGAGGGGGAAUAUAGUGAGUGGAGGCAGGGCCUCAGGGCUAGGGUGGUCAGAUUUGUGUGAUUAGAAAGUGACCAUGCCACCUACCCGGCACUCCGGGGAUGGGGGCACAUGGGGGGACUAGCGGCUUCAGAGGAGGUGUUCCGGGUUCCAGCAGGGAAGGGGGACAGAAGGGGAGGGUCUCAGGCAGAGGGGGAUGGGUCAGAGGCUAGCCUCCCCCAAUGGCUCAUUCACCUACCACCCAUGGUCAGAACCUCUCUUUAAUGGGGUCAUCAGGGCUUGCUGGGGCCGAGGGCAAAAGCCGAAACCCGAGCCCCACUGCCUGGGGUGGGGGCUGAAGACUGAGGCUUCAGCCCUGGGCAGUGGGACUCAGACUUUACCCCUCCCUCCCCUGCCUGGGGUGGCAGGAUUCACGUUUUGGCUUUGCCCCCCCACGGAUGACCAGAUGUCCUGAUUUUAUAGGGACAGUCUUAUAUUUGAGGUACUGUCAUAUAUAGGCACCUAUUACCCCCCACCCCGUCCCAAUUCUUCACACUUGCUAUCUGGUCACCCUACUCCCCUCCACUCCUGCAACCCAGGGCAGCCGGGCUCAGGCUUUGGCCCCACCCCCGCCUGGACACACCUGAACAAUGUCAGGCACAGUAUCACUUAGGCUGGAACAGUAUUAAGUUUCUAUCGUUCCCCUGGGAGGAACCUCUUUCACCAUUAAGAGGCCCAGGAGGCUUAAGAUCUGCAGAUGUCCUAUGAUCAUAGCACCAGUUUGAGACCUUAGGUCUCUGAACUGGUGACAUGGAGAGCAGAGUGCAGCAACUCACAUAUUUGAGAUACACAGAUCUGAGAUAUCAGCAUUGAAGCCAGAACUUGAAAAGAUUUAUACACACUUCACUUUAUCCAACGUUGGUAGGCCCAUUGAAGUCAAUGGAACUACUCACAGUUUGGAAGGAGACGCAUGUGUGUACAUCUUUGCAGGAUCAGGACCUAAUUGUGCUGUAGUCAAUCUCUGAAAAUAAAACAUUCUAAAUGUAAAUAUAACUAAUUAUGUAGGUUAAUAUAAACUUUAGAAUCAGGAGCCAGUGGUGCUGUGAGUUCCUCUAGAAUUACAUAUUUCUGUGGUUUCCAGAUGAGACCAUCAUAGCACAAUAAUAUAGUAAGCAGCAAAGGAAUUAAUGCUAUUCCACUCCCUCUAAUUUGGUUUUAUUUUCUAUUGCACACAUUCUACAAAUAAAGUUCCCAAUGCUAGGAAGGUGACCAUCUCUUUUU